GCGCGCCUUCGAGUACUUUUUGUUUUUCUUCAGUUUCUUGAAUUAAAAUCCGUGUAGUGAAUUAAAAAAUGGAAGGUGGAGAAUCAUUUUUAUCUUGUGCUGCAACAGUGGAGUGGAUGACCCCACAAGGGUGCAUCAUCAGAAAGGUUAAUUACAAAACAGCGUCUCUACGUUUAAUCCGAAAUGAAUUUCGAGAAAUGUUCAUGGAAAUAUCGAGCGAGAAGUCUGCUGCACUUAGACUAGCGCUGAAAGGUAUAAAUGUAUUUAAAAAGUUCAUGGCUGAAGGCAAAGCCAGUGUCAAAUUUCAAGAAGCAGGAUGCACUAUAUUCAUAUCAAAUGCACCGCCGACUAACCUCGUGGGAUUUCUCCGUACGAUAUUUGUUAAAAUGACUGGUGAUAAAGAAGUUAGUGCCAAUACAGCACCUUCCGCGCAAAGCAUGAGAGCGAAAUUGCUUAGUGGUAAAUCUCAAUCAUUUGAGGAAAUUAGUCCAGUUACUGUAGCAGAUAUACACAAUGCCAAGAAAAAAAUCAGUAAAUCCACAAUAACUACACCAUCUCCACCAUCAAAGAAGCGAAAAUCUGAAGAUUUGGGUAAAGGGCCUGCCCCUAAGAAACUGUAUUCACCAUCUCCUUUGACUACUACCAGUUCUUUAAGCGCUGAGCAGCAGCGAGUGUUAGAAGCAUGUUUGAGUGGAAAAAAUAUAUUCUUUACCGGGUCUGCUGGAACAGGGAAGAGUUUUCUGUUGAAGAGAAUUGUAGCAGCAUUGCCUCCUGAUGUUACUGUGCCUACUGCAUCAACUGGAGUUGCUGCUUGCCACAUAGGAGGAACAACACUACAUGCAUUUGCAGGUAUUGGAGAUGGGAGUGGAUCGGUGCAAAAUCUUUGUGAUAAGGCUUUGAAGUUUCCUUUAGUGGCUCAAAAGUGGAGGAAGUGUAAACACCUCAUUAUUGAUGAGAUAUCUAUGGUUGACGGCAGUUACUUUGAGAAAUUGGAAACAGUUGCAAGGCAUGUUAGAAAAAAUGAUAAACCAUUUGGUGGGAUUCAAUUGAUACUUUGUGGUGAUUUCUUGCAAUUACCACCAGUUGUUGAAAAAGGAAAAAAUGGAAAAAGAUUCUGUUUCCAAUCACCAUGUUGGGAUAGAUGUAUUGAGCUUUGCUUUGAAUUGAAGGAAGUCCACAGACAAAAAGACUCUGAAUUCGUGUCAAUACUUAAUAGUAUUAGAAUUGGACGAGUUACAAAAGAAAUAAGUGACAGAUUAACACUAACAGCUAAACAAAAAAUUGAAGGUGAUGGGAUCUUGGCUACAAGACUUUGCUCACACACAAAUGACUCUAAAUUGAUUAAUGAAUCAAAAUUAAGAAACCUAGAUGGAGAAGAAAAGGUGUUUUCUUCGCAAGAUAGCGAUAAUGCUGCAAAGACUUUAGACAUGCAGACCAUCGCUCCAGCUAAACUAGUACUCAAGAUAGGUGCUCAAGUGAUGUUACUAAAAAAUGUAAAUGUCAAUGCAGGUUUGGUAAACGGAGCUAGAGGAGUUGUAGUUAGAUUUGAGGAAGGUUUACCAGUUGUAAGAUUUAAAAAUAAGAAAGAAUACACAGCAAAAACAGAGCGAUGGUACGUCAAAAACUCAAAUGGAACAUUACUGUGUCGUAGACAAGUUCCUUUGAAUUUGGCAUGGGCAUUUUCUAUUCAUAAAUCUCAAGGUUUGACAUUAGAUUGUGUGGAAAUGUCUUUGUCUAAAAUUUUUGAGGCUGGGCAAGCUUAUGUGGCUUUAAGUAGAGCCCACAGCUUAAAUACAUUGAGAGUACUUGAUUUUGAUUCAAGGCAUGUCUGGGCUGAUCCUAGUGUUCUGGAAUUCUAUCAAAAGUUCAGACGACGUUUACAACAUAUGGAAAUUAUUCCUUUAGGUAGACCUUUAGCCGACAAAACAAAUAAGAAAUUAAAAUUAAGAGAGAUAUUAAAAAAACAAUUACGUUGAAAAUGAAGAAAUUCACAUUU